GAAUUUAGUUCUUUGUAUGCGUUCAGCGUUGUUCUUGAUUAUAGUAAGGCCCCCCACAUAUUGACUUAAUCAAUUAUUGCAUAGCAAUUGUUUAAACAAAAGACUAUUUUUGAUUUAUAAACUUCUGAGAAACGAUUUUGUUUCGUUUUAAGAAAGUUAAUCAAAGUUUUUGAAUUUUUAUGGUGAUUUUUCCAAAUAAUUUCUGCAUGAGGAUUAAAAUUCUGAUCGAAGUUUUUGAAAUUUGUUCUGACUGUUUAAAAUUAAAUGGUAGGAUGUCAACAAUUGUACCAGGAGCGUAUUGUACACGAAAAGUUCGUGAAAACGAAAUGUAUCUUUCAAAGAUGUCACCAAAAGAUAAUAACCAAAAAUAUGAGUACCCAGAUAGUAGAUUAACGGAAUUAUCGCCAUUGAAAUAUAAUAGUAAAUUGAUGAAUAGUAUUUGGGGCCUUUAUAAUCGUUAUUCUGUGCACAAUUUUAAGCAGAACACAGAUGCUAAUCAACACAUUUUAAAUGGGGAGCAACAAAAAAAAGAAAUUGUUGUUACCCCUACAAAUGGCGGUGGAGAUUCAACAAAUGGCAAUUGUUUCACAAAUGCAUUUAAUGAUAUUCUACCAGCAAUGUUUAAUACACAUUAUUAAAGGAAAAACCAAAUUUUCACUGUUAAUUAUGUAUCCACUUUAUAUUUUAAGAAAAUUACAGUGAAACCACUCUAUAUUCACAUUAUUAUUGGGAUAAAUUGUAUAAAAUAUUAUUAAUUAA